AUGAAAGAUAGGAAAUGCACCAAAAAACUUCCUAAAGAGUUAAAUCCCCACACUGUUGCAAUUUUUAAUGGUUAUCCACGCUAUAGACGUGUCGAUAACGGAAUAAUUGUCAAUAUAAAAAGUAAUCAAAUUGAUAACCGGCAUGACUAUGCCAAUGUGGUGUUAAAUAAGCAAGUUAGUUAUGAUGAAAUAAACACGUUUUUAAAUUGUCGCUAUGUCUCAGCUCCAGAAGCAUUGUGGCGAAUAUUUGAGUUUUCUUUAGGUGGUAUGUCACAUAAAAUCAUUCGACUUCAGGUUCAUCUACCUGAUAAUCAAAUGAUAUAUUUUGUUAAAGGUGAAGAACAGGCAGCUUUAGACCGUGCAGCACAGCAUUACACUCAUCUAUCUGCAUGGUUUAAUAAGUCGAAUAGGUGA